UGCGGUAGGCAUCUAUGACUUCACUCCGGGUCCUUCUUGUGUUCGAAGAAACAUGGCGGCGUCCAUGCUGUGCAGGAGGACGGCUGCCUUAUGUAGGACUUUAAAGGACUUCUCAUCUUGUAAAGCUGUGCUUUCUGUAAACUCUCCGUGUGGAUCUUUAUCACAAACAGCGUCCUAUAAUCCCAAACCUCUAAAGCUGAACCUCCGGAACCCGUACAUCCCGGACAAGGACAGCGAGAAGACGCCGGAAUGGCAGAAGACAGCCCGCUACGAUAAGAAGCUGUUCGGUCGGUAUGGCUCUGUGUCGGGCAUCGAUCCUGCAUCUCUGUGGCCCACACAUGAGGAGCUGGAGAAGAUUAUUGCGGAGGAAACCCAGUGGCAUCCCCCGAUAGAGGUGAUGCUGAAGAACAUAGAAGCCAGGGAGAAGGAGGAGAGCGAAAAACGGCUGGCGAGAGAGAAGCUCAUUGCCGCAAACAUGGCCAAAAUGCCCAAGAUGAUAGCAGACUGGCGCAGAGAAAAGCGUGAAACCAAACAGAAGCUAAAGGAGGAAAAGGCUCGCCAUAUAAGGUUGCUGGCUGAGGCCAGAGAGCGUUUUGGCUAUGCAGUGGACCCCCGCAGCCCCAAGUUCUUGGAAAUGGUUGCUGAAAUAGAAAAGGAAGAGAAGAAGAAGAAGAAACUAAUGAAACGCAGACUGAGAGAGGAACAGGCAACAGGCUCCGAUGCACCUCCUGCUGCCUCCUCAUAGUCUUGGACCGAGUCGUUAAAGAUGUAAAUAACUGUUGGGCCUGGGUCAGAUUGUGCUUGAUAGUUUUGAAGGUGUGCUGUGUAGUACAGUUCAAUAGAACCGUUCAAAUGGCUAAAAAUAAGUUUUGUCCUUCUGUGAAGAUGUGACGAUUCCAACUUUCAACUUAGUUUUUCAGGACUGCUCCAGAUAAAUUCAACCUCUGCACAGAUGGUGUGGGUGUGUUUAAAACAUGACACGAGGCCAAGUUCAGCAAUUUUCAUGAUUGCAGAUAUCCAUGAGAACAAUUUAUUUAUACAAAAAUAAUUUUUACACUCAAGUUUUCUGAAAAGCGCACGUCGUGUCUCGGCACCGACGCGCUGAGUGUGAACAGCAGUAAGCCGUAGUUUAGCCUCACUGGCUCUGCCGUGCUCUUAUGCUGCACCCGUACAGAAUGGGCCCGCAGUGCACGAGCCAGUCCUCCUUCAUGCUCGUUAUCUUUGUCUAAAAUAUGUUUGUGCAGCUGCACAUGAAAUGCUCUAGCCAUCUCAACACCUCGUACACUACCAAACCUGUGGCAGUAGCAGCGUCUAACCCUGUAAGGUCCAAGUUGAAGUAACACCAACCCAAACUCGCUGGUGGGGAAAAAUAAAAACUUUGAGGGUAAAUUAAAGUUUUUGUGUGUCUGUAGGAAUGCAGAUUUUAAAAAAAGUCCACAUUUGGGAGAAACAUUACUUUCAGAAGCCAAAUAUAUUUUAAUGUGUUAGGGUUCGUAGUACUUAGACGUCACAGGAGUGACUACUGCAUAUUACACAGAGCUCUUUUAGAACAGUAAAAUAAAUUCAUUGCAUUUCAUUAGGUUUUCAUUCUAUUAAAUAUUUCUCGUGGCUUCCAAUUGCUUAAGAUUUGGUGUUUAUCAGUGUAAACAAUAAAACCAUGGUAAGUGUGUGUUAACCUGUGGAAGGUGGUGAAAUUAAAGGUCCCUCAGCUGUG